CCAUUGAAAAAAAAAAAGUUUGCAGCCAGUCAUUUGAGGUGGAAAAUUCUAGCUUUGUUUUAUGCUGACGCAGCUCAUCAUAUGACCUCUCGUGGCUUAUAUGAAGACCAGUUGGCUGCGAGAGGUCUCAGCUUGCUCAAGACAUUUCUUUGUCAUCUCCCUUUCGAGAUUCACCCAUUGGCUUGGCCAUCCAUAUAUCUCUUUGAUCAGACUCUGUCGUUCAUUGCCCUACCUUUCUUUCUGUACUUAUAAACACCCUUUCACCAUGGCACCUGGAAUUCCCUUCCCACUGAGAGAUCCUCAGCCAAAGGAUGCCACCGCGCAACCACCACAGCCAAUGCCCAACUUGAACGUCAAAGUCAUUUGUCCUGAUUGCAGAAAGAUUCCACCUAAUAUCGUUGAAGAAUUCGCUUCUGGUGAUCUGGUAUGUGGCGAUUGUGGACUUGUGCUCGGUGAUCGCAUCAUUGACACACGAUCCGAGUGGCGUACUUUUGCAAAUGACGAUGGCGAUGUAUGUUUGUGAAUCUUUUCUGCUGUGUUGAUGGAUGGGGGGUUAUUUUCUGCUGUGAUGGGUGGUCCCAGUGUGUGUUCAUUGUGAUGUGAGAACCUAUCACUAACCUGAAAGUCUCUUUUGAUUUCAUCAUCUUGUCUUUUAUUUUUUUCAAAAUUCACCUAUGUACAUCUAUAGGACCCU